AUGUUCAGAGCGUUCUCUCGCAAACGUGUUUUCGUCACUUCUGCUCUAACCGCAACUGCAGCAACAUCCUAUUAUUAUUACAACAAGAACUCGCGCAAGCAUUAUACACGCUCCACACUCUCUAUACCCAAUUACCGACUCACACCCGACUACCUUCUCCCUCCCUCACCAGAUCCUUUAAAUUAUCUCUUUGCCGAAGGGCCGCGAGAACGACCAGCUACAUUAUGGACUCCUCCAUCGCGCAAGGACAUGUUGAAUUUGCUCAAGGGACUCAACAAGGAUGGAUCGAUCAUUGAGCCAAAAUACGACGCAGAUUCUCAAAAAACAAAAUCAGAACCACCCUUUGAUCUUCUCAUCAUCGGUGGUGGAGCCACCGGUGCCGGAUCAGCCUUGGAUGCUGCCUCGCGCGGAUUGAGGGUCGCUCUUGUCGAGCGCGACGACUUUGCUUGCGGCACAAGCUCUAAAUCAACAAAGCUUGUCCAUGGUGGAGUUCGGUAUCUGGAGAAGGCUAUGAUGGAAUUCGAUUAUGAACAAUACAAAUUGGUCAAAGAGGCCCUGCACGAAAGAUCAAUCUUUUUGCAUACUGCACCGUAUUUAAGCGUGCAUCUGCCUAUUAUGAUUCCGUUGGAUAAACGUUGGAAAAUUCCUUAUUACUGGGUAGGCUUAAAAGCAUACGAGCUAUUAGCCGGACGGGAGAAUGUCGAACCGGGAUACUUUCUUACGAAAACGAAGGCACUUGAAGCUUUUCCCAUGCUCAAGAAGGAUAAGAUUGUUGGGGCCUUGGUUUAUUAUGAUGGCCAACAUAACGACGCACGAAUGAACGUUGCUCUCGCUUUAACUGCAAUUACGUACGGCGCGGUCAUAGCUAAUCACGUUGAAGUCACCCGCCUUCUCAAAGACGAAAAUGGCAUCGUUUCUGGUGCUCACGUAAAAGACAUAUUAACGGGAGAGGAGUGGGAUGUGAAAGCUAAGGGUGUGAUUAAUGCUACUGGACCGUUUACUGAUAGUAUUCGUAAGAUGGAUAACCCUACGGAUACAAACAUAGUUGCCCCAAGUUCGGGCGUCCACAUCGUCCUUCCUAACUAUUACAGCCCUGGCAACAUGGGAUUGAUCGAUCCAUCCACAUCCGACGGACGAGUGAUAUUCUUUUUGCCGUGGGAAGGAAACACUAUCGCUGGCACCACAGACUCGCCCACGGUAGUAACUUAUGCUCCUCAGGCGAGAGAGGAAGAGGUACAAUGGAUAUUGGACGAAAUCAAGCGAUAUUUGAGUCCUGACGUAAAGGUUCGCAGAGGCGACGUGCUUGCAUCUUGGUCAGGUAUCCGACCACUCGUUCGUGACCCAAGCGCCAAGAACACUGCAGAGCUUGUGCGAAAUCAUAUGAUAAAUGUUAGUGAAUCGAAAAUGAUUACUAUUGCUGGCGGCAAAUGGACUACCUACAGAGCUAUGGCACAGGAUACGAUCGAUAAAGCCAUCGAGGUUUAUGGGCUGGAACCGACCCACCCAUGUCGGACGGAAGAAAUAAGGUUGAUUGGAUCGCAUGGAUAUUCCAAGACUAUGUUUAUUAAACUUAUUCAACAGUUUGGUCUUGAUACCGAGGUUGCUCAACACUUGGCAAACAGCUACGGCGACCGCGCGUGGGGUGUUGCAACAUUAUCACAGCCUACGGGUAAACGAUGGCCUGUAUUUGGGAAACGGUUGUCUCCAUCUUUCCCGUACAUAGAGUCCGAAGUACAUUAUGCAGCUCGGAGGGAGUAUGCCUGUACAGUAGUGGACGUAAUCGCCCGCCGUACACGCCUAGCCUUCUUGAACGCCCAAGCAACUCUCGAGUCUCUUCCACGAAUCAUCGAGAUAAUGACAGAGGAACUUGGAUGGUCGAAAAACCGCAUGGAACAAGAAUUCUCGCAAGCAGUCGACUUUCUUAUGACCAUGGGUCUUCCCAAACCAAAGGAAAAGUUGACCCUAGCCAAAUUCAAGGCACAGCUCGAAAGUCACAAACAUAUCGAGAGCGAGCCCCUUUAUUCGCGAGCUCGAUUCCAGCCGGAAGAACUGGUCAAGCUGCAGAAUAUCUUUUCCGAGUUGGAUGUCAACGGAGAUGGGCAAAUCAACGCGGCGGAUUUGAAAAAGGUUUUGACGGCAGUGGGAGUUUCCGUGCCUGAUUACGUGUUGGAAGAUAUCAUAGAAGAGGUGGAUUUGCAUAAACAUGGGGCAAUCGAGUUUGAGGAAUUUUUGGAAGUAAUGAGCGGUGUAAAGGAAAUUCAGUUACAAAAUGCGUUUGCUAGUAUUGUCGAACAAUAUACAGAGACAAAGUGGAAUCAAAAGAUUCCUCCAGGGCGUGCUGGUGGUGGUGUAUGA